AUUUCUUCCCCCUUCCUCUUCUCCUUCCUCCUCCUCAGAUCAAGAAACCGUGUCCUAGAAACCAUCGAGAUCGCCCUCUCCCCCCUCGGAUCGCGGCCUCUCGCGCGGAUCGAUCGCUGCUCGGUUUCUUGAUUUUUUUUUUAUUUUUUUUUCUCCGGUGACCGGAGAGGCGGUGGUGUUUGGAUCGGGAGGGGAGAGAUGGUGGCGGAGGCGGAGGUGAUGCAUCAGCCCGUGCCGGUGUUGGAGGUGCCGUACCACCGGUGCGUCGCCAAGGGUGUCGAGGAGGUGGCCGCCGCGGCGGCGGUCGCGCCGCCGCCGGUGGUCGAGGUCGAGGUUGCCGUCCAGGUGCCUCACAUGGGGUUGGAGAGUGCUGCUGGUGCACCGAGCAUAUCAGUUGAUGCACUACAGUUUGUUCCCAGUAUUCGAUCUGGUAGCUUUGCUGAUAUUGGACCUAGGAGGUACAUGGAAGAUGAGCACAUCCGGAUAGAUGAUCUCUCUGCCCAUCUUGGAUCGCUCUUGGUGUGUCCGUUGCCUAGUGCCUUCUAUGGGGUCUUCGAUGGCCAUGGAGGCCUGGAUGCUGCAGCCUACAUGAAAAGGCAUGCAAUGAGGUUCCUGUUUGAGGACAGUGAGUUCCCACAAGCAUCGCAAGUAGAUGAAACAUAUGUUCAGUCAGUUGAGAACUCUGUGCGCAGAGCGUUCUUGCAAGCAGAUCUUGCCUUAGCUGAUGAUUUAGAUAUCAGCCGCUCUUCCGGAACUACAGCACUCACCGCAUUAGUCUUCGGAAGGCAAUUGCUGGUUGCAAAUGCGGGGGAUUGCCGUGCGGUCCUUUGCCGGAGAGGCGUAGCGAUGGAGAUGUCUCGAGAUCACAGAGCAAACUAUGCCGAGGAGUGUGAACGGGUUGCUGCAUCCGGAGGAUACAUCGAGGAUGGCUACCUCAACGGAGUCCUAUCCGUGACACGGGCCCUAGGGGACUGGGACAUGAAAAUGCCCGACGGCUCGAUAUCCCCUCUCAUCGCCGAGCCAGAGUUCCGACAGACCAUGCUCACGGAGGACGACGAGUUCCUCAUCAUGGGGUGCGACGGGAUCUGGGACGUGAUGACCAGCCAGCACGCGGUGAGCAUCGUCCGACGGGGGCUCCGGCAGCACGACGACCCCGAGAGGUGCGCGAGGGAGCUUGUCAUGGAGGCCAAGAGGCUCGAGACCGCCGACAACCUGACGGUGAUCGUCGUCUGCUUCGUCUCGGAGCUUGGGUCGCCGCGGCAGGAGCAGGUGGGGGGGCAGGCGGGGGUGGCGAGGCCGAGGAGUUGCAAGAGCCUCUCUGCGGAGGCCCUGUGCAACCUGAGGAGCUGGCUGGAGACUGAUCGCUAGGGCGAGGCGCCGGUGUUUGGUUGUGGCCACUUCACACUUGUGUACAUAUGCUGACAUUAGUUGUUUUUUGUUCUUCUGAUUUGUUGAGAGGCUGCUGAGGUGGAGCAGGGAGGGUGAGCAGCCGGCAGUUUUGUAGGCCAUUUUUUUUCCUCGUUAUUAUUUUUCUGCGUUUUGUUGACAUGUUACUGCUAUUGUUCACACCAUUGCUGUUGUACAUAUCUCUGUUGAGUUCAUGUAUGGAUGGACUAGCUUCCCUUGAGCAAUACUCUCUCUC